AUACUGGUUGGUUGACCUUGUUGCAGUUAAUCAUGAUGGACAUAAAAACUCCGAAAACUGCAAGAGGCAAAAGGGAGGUUGAGAAACGUGCCCCAAAACUCGAGGAAAAUGGAAAGAAGACUCUUAUUCUACAUGGAACGAAAACGAGCAAUGUUAUUAAUGCAUUGUUGACUGAUAUUUAUCAUCUUAAGAAGGGUAAUGCAAUCAAGUACUCGAGAAGGAAUGAUAAUAUCAGACCAUUUGAGAUUGGUGGUGAAACUUCUUUGGCAUUUUUCUCUCUGAAAACUGACUGCAGCCUUAUUGUGUUUGGUUCUCAUUCUAAGAAGCGACCGAACAAUCUCAUCAUAGGACGUACAUAUGAUCACCAAAUAUACAAUCUAGUUGAAGUUGGGGUGGAAAAUUUCAAAAGCAUGGAGUCGUUCUCGUACGAUAGGAAAAUAGCUCCCAAAACAGGUUCCAAACCGUUCUUUGCUUUUAUCGGAGAAGGAUUUGAGAAUGUCGAAGAAUUGAAACAUUUGAAGGAGGUUUUGCUUGAUCUUUUCCGAGGCGAGGUUGUGUCAAACUUAAAUCUUGCUGGAUUAGAUCGCGUUUACGUAUGCACUGCUGUAUCUCCAAACAAAGUAUUCAUGUCUCAUUGUGCAAUUCGGUUAAAAAAAUCGGGCAGCAUAGUCCCGAGGAUGGAACUUGUGGAAGUUGGGCCUUCAAUGGAUUUUGUGAUGAGAAGAAACCGAUUUCCUGAUGAAGGUUUAAGGAAAGAAUCUAUGAAGAAACCUUCUGAAGUAAACAAGAAGAGAAAGGUGAAAAAUGUGACCGGGGAUGCUAUUCAAGGGAAGUUUGGGAAGAUUUAUAUUCCGGAUCAAAAGGUUGGAGAGAAGACUUUACCUUAUAAAGCAAAGGGAAUGAAACGGGAGCGAAGAGAAGGUAAAACGAAGGAAGAGUUGAAGAAUAAGAAGCUUAAACUUGCCUCCUACUGACUAAACCGAUAAAUUUUGAGGAUUUUUCUUGAACUAUAAUUAUUUCUUAGUUAGGUUAUAAGAAUAGGCAGGUAGGUCUAAGAUAGUAUAUGACAUAUACACUUGA